AUGAAUCUCGUUCGUGAGCUCGCCGGUCUUCCAAAAAUUUCCAAAACUUCAUCUCAACAGUCGAAUCAAAGGAAGCGUCACUCGACACGCUCGUCGUAUAGCAGCAGACGCAAUUCAUCAUAUUCACAAAAUAACAGGCGCGAAUCUUUCGCAUCACAACGUUCACAACAAUACAAACUACGACGCCUGUCAUCUAAUUCUUCAAGGUCACCUCGAGAUCCAACUUCUCCUGCAUCACCGGUAUCGCCAACUUCACCUUCAAAUAUCAUUAAUAACUACUUCUCGGAUAAUGUUCCGAUGCGCCGAAAAUCUAGUUUUUCAUCAACGUCCACGCUCUUGGAUGAGGAUCUCGAUUUUGGUAACAAAGGUGUCAGUGACAGCAGUGAAUCAACUGAGACGAGGAGAUUCAGUCGCAAACUUUCAAAGGAAACACUUGGGGAGCAUAAUAAUUUAAAUUUUAAAGAUGAUUAUAUCUCUAUAUAA